AUGGCGUCUCAGCCAGCCGAAAACGUUGCAGAAGCUCUGCUCAAGCGGGCUCACUCCCCGGACACCGCCGGUACCAUCUUCCGCGAGCGCGUGAAACAACGCCCAUUGCUCCUCAGGCCCAGCUCACCGGACCCAAAGCGAGACGCGCGGUCGAAGCGGCAAUAUGACCGCUUGCAAAAGUCCAAGAAGCAGCGCAAGUCCACGAACAACAAGCCGAAACCGCUGUCAGCGAAGCAGAAGCGCGCCUUGUGUAUCUACGAAAUCCCGAAAGAGCAGCAGAAGUACGCCAUCUAUGAGCCGCUGCAUCUGAUGUGGUGUGCCUACAUGCGCGAGAUACUCAAUCUUGGUGUGAGUGAGGGAAAGCGGACGUAUGUCGAUGCGAAUAGUGCCGGCCCGGUGCUGGUCGGUGCUGAUUAUCAUGGUGCGCUGGUGGAGGUGGUGAGGAGUCGGUGUGCGAGUAGGGUGGGGAGGAAGGGGAUUGUGGUCAAGGACACGAAGUUCACGUUUGAGGUUGUGACGAUGAAGGACGAGUUGAAGAUAUUGCCGAAAGAGCAUAGUGUUUUUAGGUUUGAGGUGCCGUUUGAGAGAAAACAGGAGGAGGGUGGAGAGGGUGGAGGGAUUGAAGAUAGGGUAGUCGGACGAAGGCCAUUGUGCUUUGAGAUUCAUGGGAGUCAGUUUGAGACGAGGGCGCCGGACAGGGCGAAUCGCAAGUUCAGGAUGCACUUCGACCCAGACCUCUAGGGCAAAUCCUCUCGCGUUGGAGCAAAUGACUCGCACUCUCUCGAGCCAUGUCAACCUCGCGCACCCGCACAUGUGUGCUUGUCAUCUGGUCGAGCGUGCCAUACCUCAUUGCAGUGACAAGAGCUCAUUUGGGGAGAUGGUAAACUUCACUGCUCGUACCUUCCGCCACCGUAUGCGCUCAAGCCUUGCACGUGCCUUCCGUUUCUGGCUAGAGCAAACACUUUACUAUUCCGUGGCAAUAUCUUCCACGUCCGUCCCAAGACCGUGAUUAACAACCA